AAUGCAUUCACUUCACAAUUCGUUUUAUGAAAAACAUAUCUUGCUUAAGUUUCAACAAGAAGAAAGUAGUAUUAACAUAGUAUCAGCAAAUGGAGUUUUUCCAUAACGCUAAAGCCGUUAGGAUGCGUAACCUCCACGAGAAGUAUCUUAUGGCGGACGAGGACGAGGAGACGGUGACUCAAGAAAGGAAUGGUUCCGACAAGAGAGCUCGAUGGACCGUCGAACCAGUUCGUGGUUCCUUUGAAGUGAUCCGUUUGAGGAGUUGCUACGGUAGCUACCUCACCGCUUCGAAAGAGCGGUUCUUGCUCGGUGCCACGGGGCGUAAAGUGGUUUUGUCGAAACCGAAUGGACUUGACUCGUCCGUAGAGUGGGAGCCGGUGAAAGAAGGGUCAAAAGUAAAGCUCAAGACUAGACACGGUCGCUUCCUCCGAGGCAAUGGUGGGCUUCCUCCGUGGCGUAACUCAGUCACUCAUGACUCUCGUCAUAGUUCGGACUCGUUCUUGUGGGAUGUUGAUGUCGUCGAGAUCUUGGUCGAAAUGACGUCUCCGGCUCCAGCUCCGGCGAUUACUCCUCCACAACAUAUGAGGCUGUCAAGUCCUCCGAUGUCUAAGACCACUUCAGAAAAAUCGGAGGAAGAGUUGAGUAACUCGCCGCCGAAAUCUGAAGGGUGGAACAGUUGAUGCAGACGCUUGAGGGAAGAGACUAGCAUGGAUAUUCUUGUUGCGUGUACAGACGCAAUCCCAUAAACGGCAUGCUGUGUGUGUCAUGCAAUAGUGGUCAAAAUAUUAGCUCAGAUUGAGAUAUGGUGUUGACCAAAAGGUUAAAGAUUGGUCCUCGGUUCCAUUGGAUAAGGGUGUUAAAUAAAAAAUAUAUUGAUACAUUAUUGUUGUGGGUGCUGAUCUUUCAUUUUAUUGUACAUAAUAUACUUCUUUUAAACGAAUCAUUUAAGUUAUAUAUAUGAACAUUUGCCAAGAAA